CAGAAAUGUCCGUUUUUUCUGUCUUUUUUCUUCUCAUUACUGUAUGCCUGGUUACGAAGGUCUAUUCCCGAUACGAAUUUACGAACGUGAAGUGUGAAUGUUUCGAUAAGAAGUUUUGCGAAGUAGAUUAUUGUUAUAUAAAAUCUAAGAACCGGACGUACAAAUAUAUUUCUGUAAGAUGUAAACUGCUACAAAUUCCCUUGACAAAUAUAAAGGUGAAUUUUGGCCUCUAUCAACGUCUUAAUGGCUAUAAACCAUUUCUGUACAACAUGACCGUAGAUGCAUGCAAAUUCCUAAAAUCUCCGCAAAGCAAUCCGGUGGCUAAUUACUUCUAUAAUUACUUUAAAGACGUUUCCAAUUUAAACCACUCUUGCCCAUUUGACCAUGACAUCAUCGUGGAUAAAAUGACUGCUGAGAGCUUUUUACACCGAGCCACCAAUAUUCUGCCUUUUCCCAAGGGAAGCUACAUGUUUCAAGUGGAUUUUUAUAUCUAUAAUAUUAAACGAGCUGUAGUUCAAUUGUUUGGCUCACUUUCGUAA